UUCGUGUCGGACGUGUCCCGGGUCUCUGGUCUUUCUCCGUUGACUUAACGGCGCUUAAGGAUUGUCCUAAGUUUGAAAGUUCGCGUACCGCGCGAGUCGCGAGUCGUUUACGUUCUUUUUGGCGAAAGGAUCGAACGAAAAGCUAAGUGUGAAGAGUCGUGCGGAAGAUAAAGAAAGUUGUGAAUUGGCGCACGAGAAGUGCGACAAGCAGUGGAAGUGAAGUGUUGGCCAAGCUCCCGGUUAAACCUUAUACGUGCGUGUGUGCAUUUGUGUGUGAGUGUGUGCGUUUGGUGGCCAGUUUGGUGGUCGCAGCAGCUGAAAGCGAUUAGAGGAAGCGCGACAGAAACGGAACCACGCGGAAGUUGUGAAGUAAAGUGAAGUGAGAGCCGGAACUUGGCACCCCAAGUAGUCAAGCAUCGGAUACGGAGACGCAGACGCCGGCUAGCAGAGGGGAUUGUCCCAAUCAAAUACAACGUCACCGAAGUAAAGUCUCCCGUCUGCUGAGGUCAUCGGUAGCGAUAGGUGCUCGAAAGAGAGCUCGAUGAGUACACGAUGAAGCAGAUCGAUCGACUACUGGACAAGUGUUGCCGUCGCCACGGAGCGCCCCUGCUCCUCGUGGCCGGGCUGCUGUGUCUGCAGUUCAGCGCCAGCAACAGUACACCGAUAGAUGAUAACAAUAGCAGUAGUGGCAGUAUUAGUAGUAGUGAAUCCUUAGAGUUAACCGCAUGCCAGCAUCUGAGGCGUGCGGAAGCGCGCCGCGCCAAGUCAUUAGGUGAUAGUCUGCUGCAGACGGUCCGGAUACCGCGGUGUACGGCCCUAGGUGACUUCGAACCCGUACAAUGCUCGAACGAACUGAACGGAACGGAAUGCUGGUGUGUGGAUGAGUACGGGGUGGAGAUCACGGGUAGCCGCCGUAGCCACGCCGAUGACGUCAACUGUACGCGGGUCGAGAACGAAUGCCAGGCGUCCAGCUGCCGUAUGUUCUGUCCGGCCGGGUUCGCUAAGGACGUUGCUUCCGGUUGUCCGAUCUGCCGUUGCCGGGACCCCUGCGAGGACAUCCAGUGUCCCCGUGGACAGCAGUGCGAACCGCAGGAGGUUCAAUGUAAAACCGAACCCUGUCCACCGGUUCCAACAUGUCGUAAGGCACGCGGUUUGAACGAUCUCUGUCCGGCCGGACAACCGCUCGCCAUCAGUGGUACCGUGCGGCCAUUCCUGUGUGGCAAUGAUCCGGGGAAACCAAGCUGCCCUCCACUGUACCGAUGUCUGGUGCAGGGUGGCAACGAUUACGGUGUCUGCUGUCCGGCUUCGCUACAGUUCGAGAAACCGGGCAGUUGUCCGAAACCGGACGAGAUUGAAUCGUCGGCCAGCGCGGGAUUCCUUUGCGGUACACCGUGCGGUCACGAUCUCGAGUGUCCCCAGAUGCAGAAGUGUUGCCAAUCGAACGGUUGUGGUCGCAACUGCCAGCAACCGCACAACGUGACGGUUUGCCAUCAGGCACGUAUGCUGUCGGAGUUGCUGUCGGUGAAUGAACGUGAAGGUCGUGGUUAUGUGCCGCAGUGUGAUGGUCCUGGAGGAAGCUUCUCCACUCGCCAGUGCUCCCGCAAUGGGCUGGUGUGCUGGUGUGUGGAUCCACGCAGUGGCAACAAGAUCAAGGGUACGAUGGGUGCCGCCACGACGGUGAACUGUGACGGUGUGGAGAACAUGAUCGGUGGACGUGCCGGUGGCCGUAGUGUCGAUGGAGCGCAAACACUCUGCGAUCACAACAUCUGUGCGGCGGUCUGUGAGUAUGGGUUCAAGAACGAUCACAACGGUUGUCCGACCUGCGAGUGUUCGGAACCGUGCGAGGGAUACCUGUGCCCCGGUGGUUCGCACUGUGAGGUAGCGAAGGAUCCAAAGUGUGAAGGUUACUCCGGGCUUUGCUCCUCCGAACCGGUCUGCAAGCCGGAUCUGGUUUACUCGAAUCCCUGCGAGAUCGGUACACCGCUAGCGGACAACGCUACCGGGGAGCUGCUCUUCUGUCAUAUGGAUCGACCGAAGAGCCGAGAGUAUCAGAGCCGCAGCUUCUUCGAUGAUGACGAGCAGGAGGAGGAAGAAACGAACGGCCGGAAACGGUCGAUGUCGAACACGAUCGUGUGUCCGGUGGAGACGCACGAAUGCCGUAAACUUCACGGAGAGUCACGCAGCGUUUGCUGCCCUCUGGUGAACGAAACGGACGAGGAAGAUGUCACCGAAGAGCGCCAACAGACCAUGUGCGAAUAUCUGCGAGACUUUUCCGAUCGCAUGGAAGGUACGGUAGAGGGUAUGGAGCUUGCACUACCACCACCAGCUUGUACCCCCGAUGGUGGCUAUCAGGCGAUGCAGUGUGUUACUCGCGUGAAGAAGGUGAAGGCGUCCGAGCAACGGAAGUACAUCGAACAGAACAGUAUCCGUAGGAUGAGGAAACUAUUGGAGGAUGCGGUCAUUACUAGCCCAGUGGCACCACUGACCACCACCGAGUCAUCACAGUCUUCCACGGCAGCUGCCACUCGGACACGUCGUGCCGCUAGUCCCGAUGCCACGUUGAAGCUACUGCCCGUCGGUAGCAGCAGCUUAGCGGAACCAACCGGUACCGAUGCACUGAUGGCGUACAUCCGCCAGCGAUCAGCAGCAUCCGGCAGUGAGAUGAUACUGGGCCGUUCCGCUAAAAUCAUCGACUUUAAUCGUCUAGAAUCGAAAAAUGGAGCCAGCAAUGUGGAUAAAGUUGAAAUUAAACCUUCGACGUUGUUGAAGCGCCCUCUGGUGAUGCCCACGCUCCCCACACCGGUCCAGGAGCAGUUGGUUGAGGUCGAAAUCGAAGAGUGCUGGUGUGCCGAUGGUUUCGGGACGGAAAUACCGAAAACGCGUGGUUUUAACGCCAGUACCAAGAGCUGCGAAGCGCUACGGGAAUCACUCGGAUGUUUAGAUCUUACCUGCCGGAUGGGAUGUGAUUAUGGGUUCGUCCUGGAUCCCGAUACCCAGUGUCCAUCGUGUGAGUGCCGAGAUCCGUGCGAUACCGUCAGCUGUCCGGAUGGUCAGGAGUGCCGUUCGGUUGAGGUAUCGUGCGAAGGUGAAUACUGUCCCCCGGUACCGGCCUGUUUCCCCAAGAAACCGGGCCAAUGCCCGUUCCUCGUACCACCGGGAUCGGAAAACUCGGAAUCGGAUUCGUGCGAGUACGAAUGCCGUACGGAUGCGCACUGUGAUGGAUCGAAACGGUGUUGCUCGAAUGGAUGCGGUACGCAGUGUGUAGAACCACAGCUCAAGACCGCCUGUCAGCAUUUGCAGACGAUUCAGUUACAUCAAGCAUCGGAACUUGGUAUUCCACCGAAGCAGAAGUACAUCGCCCAGUGCGAUAUCGAUGGUAGCUUCCGUACGAUCCAGUGUGGCCCAGGAAAUGUGUGCUGGUGUGUGGAUGAGUUCGGUAAUGAGAAAAGUGGUACUCGUACCAGCAACGGUACACCGGACUGUGAGCUGUAUCCGAAGACCGAGUGCCCGCUGCUCAAGUGCCGUGCUUGUGAGUAUGGAUACAAGAUCGAUGCCAAUGGGUGUAAGACGUGCGAUUGCCGUGAUCCUUGUGGAGAGAUCUCGUGCCCCCGGGGUGAAGAGUGUCAACUGAUACAAGUCGAGUGCAUUUCGGUGCCUUGUCCGAAAAUGCCAAUCUGUGUACCGAUACGGGAGUCCGUGUGCCCGGAAGCGACUCCAUUGCGCUCCAAUGGACGGGAGAUUGUUUGUGGACCACAGGCCGAUGCCGAUAGCUGUCCUUCGACGCACAUCUGUCAGCUGAAUCCGAUCAGUAACCGUGGUGUGUGCUGUGGUAAGACGCGAGACGUUUGCUUCGAGUCGAUCGAUCAAAGCUGCCUGGCCGCCGACACAGGAAUCGUGGCCGGUGAAACGAACGAACUGGACGCGAGCAUCACACGGUGGCGCUUUAGCCCACGGUUGAACAAAUGUGUCCCAGUGAUGUUACCCCGGGGAGUCUUCUGUCAGUCGAAGAAUCUGUUCCACAGUGAGACGGCCUGUAACGGUGUCUGUCCGGUGUUGUCACAGUGUGAACGGUUACGGCUGAAGAAUGCGAUGGCGGCAAAGCGUGCCGGACAACCGAACACCUGGUUCCAGCCACGGUGCGACCCGGAGACGGGUUUCUGGAGUCCGGUGCAGUGUUUGGGUUCGAUGGCACCUCAGAAUGGUUCCACUUCGACGACUGCCGAAACACCGACCGUUGGGGUGUGCUGGUGUGCGGAUAAGAAGGGUGCUCCGGUCAAGGGUUCGCUGACGAAGGGUUCGGAACCCAAGUGUAGCAGCCGUCAGGCGAGACGUCGUGGUGACUCGUCCGCCGAUACACCAUCGUCCAGUGAUCCAGUAAUGGAAGAACUGAUCCGUCAGAUCACGUUCCUGGUGGACGAAAACAACUAUCUGGUGGAUGAGGAGAUGGAACCGCCGGUCCAACCGGUCUCGGUGGCUAGCACCAAUUACGCCCCGGAACCACGCUACAUAGGUACGGUCUCGUCCGUCACCGAGAAGGUCAUCGAGUUGGCCAGGACAGCCGAAAGUCGGAACUUCAUCAGCGAUGCACAGGAUUCUCCUUCGGUUGCUAAGCGACUCGCUGCAUCGGCUACCCGGUGUCAGGCACUGCAACUGGCUGCUUCGUUCCCGGUUGCUUGUGAUUCGAAUGGAGCCUUUGAACCGAUGCAGUGUAAUGGCGAUACUUGCUGGUGUGUUGAUGCGGCCGGUAAUCAACUGCCACUGUCCAGCACCUUCAAGCGUGGUGGCCGCUCUUGUCUGUUCACACCGAUCGAGGUGGUUGAGAUUGAGCUGCGGCUCAAUAAUGUCCAUCAGCGCUCGUUGAUCCAUGUGUACGAGACACUUCGAGCGGAGUUGAGUGCACUGAUCGGCGCCAUCUUCGAUAAUUAUCGCGUGCAGGAAAAUUCGGACGGAAGCGUUACGUUGAGAUUUGAUCUGAUUGAACCGAGCAAAGUGGAUGAUGCGUACGCGAUCGAGGAGAUGGUGCGAGAGGGUGCAUUUGCUCUCUAUCAUGGUCAUUUGAUAGCGGACAUGACGCAAUCACGGUUUGCGCAUCGCAUCUCAAACGGUGUGCCGCUGGCACAGCCCUCGUCCGGUAUUCCGGAGAACACGUUCCAGACGAUCGUGUUCGUGCUGGCCACGGCUUCCGCCUUUCUGGUCGCGAUCUUCGUUGUGUUUGUGAUGCUCAAGCGGGGCCGUGGAUCGAAGACGAAGCAUUACGCGAGUGGCGAGAAGAUUUUUGCCAUCGGAGCUGAUAAGUACGUCGACUACAGUUCGCCCAUCUUUGUGCUCAGUGCCAACGAUAGCCAAACGCUGCAUCGUCAGAAGUCAUCGCAGCAACAACAACAACAACAACAACCGGUAUCACAGGAGUGAUGAGCUGCAACGUGAACUAUCAGUAGGAUAACGGACUCUGCAUCGAAUAGAGCAGCUGUUGAGGGUUGAGGGUUACCGAUUUCAGGUGGACGACAAGUGUCUGCCACCUUCCCGCUUUCCUGUUUCUCUAUCCCUUUUGGUCAUCUCCCAAGCCCUCUUCUCAUCACUGCCCUCACUACCCGCUCCGGUGUUGUAGGUUUCAAAGGAGUUGUCGUGAUCCUCGAGAUGUGUUGCCCCGGAGGCAGGAGAGUUCCCAAGUUGUUGAGUUUUACUGUACAUAUUAUGGAAAUACGUUGAGAUCCAGGCCAUUGCCGGAGUUCCCGGGGUCCCGGUGUCCCUGUGUCUUGCGUUUUGCGGUGCUGAGCUGGAAAGUGGACGCCGUCAUCCCUCGUUUUAUCCGGUUGUGUUGUGAUCGAUCCGUCGAUCAUGGUCGAUGGUUUUUAGAUGAGUUCCGCUGCGUGAUCGGAUCGGUUGUGUAAAUAAAUUUGAUGAAACAACAAUCCAACCCAACCAAGCAUGAUGUUUCACAAGAUGGUGCUGCCGUUCGAAGCAAAAAUCAAGCGAUGGAGCAGCUGUUAGCGCAUAAGAAACGAUUCACAUUUCUCUUCGCUCGUCCUGCCACGAGCUUGGUGGUCGCGAUUUUAAAGAAGCAGUUUUAAGAAUACAGCUGCAGUGGCACGACGAGCUUCGAAGGGAAAUGUAUUAUUUAUUUAUUCUCUCUCCUUCCAUCCUUCCUGCUACACUUAAUCCCUCUCUCCCACCCAAACAAAAGGUGGUCCACUGACUCAGGCUGCAGCGUUCGGCCGUCUCGCAGUGUCGCAUCCUUUCCUUUCGAAACUCUUGCAAAACACAUAAAUGAAACUGUAAAUAUGCUAAGCUUACCAGCUGGUGAUAAUGGAAUGGAAAAAAGAAACUGGAAUCUAUAUGGUGCAACAAGCAAGGAGCACGAGAAGCAGAAAGUAAAAACAUAAAGAAAGUUGGAGUUGAAGAAAAGCCGCAGAAUGCGGAACGACGGAGUAGGCUGGGGGCCCAGUCUGCUGCGUGUCGUUCGUAGUUUUCCGGUUUUCAUUGUGUUUGAAUAUUUUAGGUUUUGCAUGAAAUCUGUUAUGUUUUUUUUUGUUCGAUAGUAAAAAUAAAGAAAAUCCCAUACCAAAA